AUUUUGACAAUCUAGUUUCAAAGAGAAAUUCUUCAGACUUCCUUUUCUUCUGAUCAAUCGAUCUUUCUAAUUUAGAGAAAACCUUUCGAGGUUUUCAGGCUCUCAUCAUUUAGGUUUUCCUUCUUGAUCAUCCAAGAUAUAAAGAGCUGAAAUUUCCAUGGAUGAAACUAGAUGUCGUGGCUCGAACGAUGAUCCAAGAACUUGCCCUCGAGGCCACUGGAGGCCUGCAGAAGAUGAAAAACUCCGGCAGCUCGUCGAAAAAUAUGGCCCUCAAAAUUGGAAUUCCAUUGCUGAAAACCUUCAAGGAAGAUCAGGUAAGAGUUGCAGACUGAGAUGGUUUAAUCAGCUUGAUCCAAGAAUAAAUCGAAGGCCGUUCUCGGAGGAAGAGGAAGAAAGGCUGCUUGCAGCUCAUAGACUACAUGGAAACAAGUGGGCUUUAAUUUCAAGGCUUUUUCCUGGUAGAACUGAUAAUGCUGUAAAAAACCAUUGGCAUGUUAUUAUGGCAAGAACACAAAGACAAAAAUCCAAGCUUUCUAGCAUGAUUUUUAGAGCCCAUCAUCAAGAUCAUAAUGCAAGGCUUCAAGAGGAGUAUGGAUCCAAAAUCAGCUUCCAAAAAGGUGGAAUGAAUUUUGAUGAUUCACAAAGAAAAAGUAAUGACAAGAUUUUCCCUUUGUCUUCCUUCUCUGGCUGGCCUAAUCACUUGUCAUCUUGCUCUUCUGAUAGAAGAAGAGGUUAUAAUCAUCAAAGCAAUUUCUCCAUAUAUAGUGCCUAUCGAUUUGGGAAGAUGAGGACGAGCGAGGAGAAAUCCAUCGAGAAGAUAGACGUCCCGUUCAUAGACUUUCUUGGUGUGGGAAUAUCCUCUUGAUCAAUAUUUAUGGUAUCAAUUUUAUUAGGGUUAUAUUGUGUUGUGUUCUUUGCAUGGAUAUGCAUGCUGGUGUUGGAUGUAGGUAUAGAUGGUUGGGAUAUUUUUGUGUAGUAAAAAUCUUGUUAAGUUGAUUAAUACCUUAUGAAUUUUUUAUUAGGGCAUUGAUAAUUGUAGGGUUUGGAUUAAUGUUGGUCUAGUUUUGAUAAUAUAUUUGGGGAAGAUUUAAUUUCUUUUGUAUGAUUGUUUCAAACCUAUGAAGUUAUUUGGGGAA